AUGAAAUUCAAUAUUUUGAGACUUGCGCUGUUUUCGGUCUGUGUCGACGUUGUGUUCAGUGCAUCGUCAUUCGAGGCUCGCUCUGCCCAAACAUGCGGCGACCCAUCCGUUGCCUCUACUUUCUACAAAGGAUUUAACUAUAUCGCUAACGUACACACAUUCAACACACAAGCACAAUUCGUCAAUGCGCAAGUGUUAGGCACAGGCUGGCAAAGCACAAUACCGUCCUUCCGAGCAUGGACAUCGGCAGGCCAACUUGGAACUGCCCCGCUAUUCUACGAUCCCACAGUAAACGACGUGGUCUUUUCCCUUACUUCAAGCCCAGGCUGGGCAAUUGUGGGAUAUGUCUAUCCCACUCAAAUAUGCAGCAGCGUGCCGUUGUAUGCUGCUGCACGCACCUCACCUUCUGGACAUUGGUAUACGACAAUUGAAAGGGAACAUAAUGAAUUAAUUGCUCUGGGAUGGGUCGAUCAAGGUAUUGUUGCCUAUGUUUUGCCAAUACAGGAUAGCUCCGUUCACAAUGGCUUAGAUUGGGGAAUCGAACCCCUGCCGCUUGCUCACGUGACCGUGGAAGGCAAGCAUGAUAACCACUUCACCAUCAGUGUUACAUUAGGUGGUGAGCGAGUGUACAUAAAACCUAGUGCAUGGGUGCUAUCACAAAGCCAAUCGUUGCAACGCAAAUGUGCUAUGCUUUCACUCUUUUCUUCAGGAUCCAAUGCACAGGGUCAACUCGGUCAUGGCAAUAUUGAUGACGCUCAUACUCUUCAGCCAUGCACAUUUUCAGGUUCAACCCGAGGUUCGCUUCCAUCUGGGACUUCACGAGUUCUAAACGUUGCAUCUGGUGCCAACCAUACUUUGGUUCUCCUCGAAAGACACGAUGGAUGUAGGGAAUUAUGGGGGUGUGGAGAUGGAAGAAAAGGCCAGCUAGGCCCAGGUUUUCGGAAUUCCAAGUCUUUCGAGAGGAUUCAGUUAGUUUUGGAGGAUGGAGGACUCGAGGGUUACACUCUCAAGUUCGUCGAAGCUACUUGGGAAACAAGCUAUGCGGUGCUCUCAUCUGCAGGUCAUCCGGAUGUCAUCGUAUCUUUUGGGUCGGAUGAUUACGGCGAUUUGGGCGUUGGCGGAGUGGAUAAGGAUGCUGGCAAAGCUUUUCAUAUUGUAUCGCUUGCCCAUCUUAUACCAUCUGCAGAGAUGGAGGUUCUCUCAAUAACUACUGGCCAACGUCAUGUCAUUGUACAGGUUCGGGCCACCUCCUUGUUGUUACUUGUCGGAUGGGGGCUUUCUCGUCAUGGUCAACUUGGAGUUCCGACAGGAUCUUCGUUUGUGUCUACCCCACGAGUUGUGGCCGACGUUUCGGGUGCCGUUUUUGUAUCCUGUUCUCUCGGUAUUCAUCAUACCCUCAUUCUUCGCCAAUCCAAAGUACUCUCUUGCCUUGGAUCCGAUCGAAAAGGUCAAUUCGAAGUCGCAAAGCGAAAUAUUUCAGAUGUCCAAAGCAUUCACUGCACCUGGAACGGGUCUUACAUCGUUGUUAUAGACGACGGGACUUGGGUAAUACGAUCUUCUGGAAGCAAUUCUCGCAGUCAGCUUGGGUGGAUUCCGCAUGAAGAUGACGCAGGUGGCAUUGUCAAGUUCCCUGAUAAUGUCGAUCAUCGACAAUCAUCCGUCUCCUUAGCCUGCGGUAGCGAGCAUGUCCUCGCUGUUAUUUCUUAUCCUGGCUUCCAUCCGGAGCUAUGGGGCUGGGGUUGGAACGAACAUGGUAAUCUGGGUCUUGGUCACACUGUUGAUGUUCCCCUGCCUGUCAAAAUAGACGCCCCUGGUAUGACCAGUAUCUGCGGUGUCUGGGCAGGCUCGGGAACCAGUUGGGUCUGCGGACAAAUUGAGGCGGAUGGUUGA